GAUUACCUCAGUGACUGUGGGCUGCUGUAGUCAAACUACUCAUUCAUUACAAAGCCCUAUAUAGGACUGCGGGUUCAGUUGUGAAAGUCAAGCAAAACUAUUUAGAUACUGGAGGUUCUUUCCUGUUUAAUGACACCUCUGGAGGAAAAAUUGGUCAAUAUAUUGCCCCCAAAAAGAUUCUUGAGUUAACAUUUAGGAUACAUAGUGAUCCGGAGCUGAAGCAGAGGCAAAAACUGCAAGGAAGACAACAGCACGUCUGCAUUAUCUACAAACCACAGCAUCAUUGCAUGUAUGCAGUUAAGGUAUCUGGUUUCUUCACUGAAAGCGAAGCACGCUGCAAGGAAGCUGGGUCAUAAAAAAAAGGACAAGCAUGCAAAACACCAGCAAGCCCAUCAUUCAGCCUGCAGGAUUUUAUAUUGUUGCGUUGAGUUCAAUGCCUUACAGUAAUGUCUAUGUCAUGUUCCUCACUGUGAUUUAUGUGAUCACAGUUAUGUGCAAUGUCUUUCUGAUCGUCAUAAUUUUCUAUGACCAUCGCCUGCAUGUCCCAAAGUUCAUGGCCGUUGGUAGUCUGGCUUUGGUUGAUCUUGUUCUCAGCACCUCGCUUGUGCCUAGCAUGAUAAAGACUUACAUUAUUCUAGACAAUUUUGUGACAUUUAAACUGUGCUUUGUCCAAAUGUUCACUUACUAUAAUUUUUUAGAACUUGAAUCACUUUCCCUGUGUAUUCUCUCUUAUGACAGGUUCAUUGCAAUCUGUUUCCCUUUGAAACAGAAGUCUAUAAACACUAACAUCAGAAUGGCCUAUAUAAUCUGUGCAGUUUGGACCUUAAAUACUGUUAGUUCAUUGUACGGUCCUUCAUCCGUCUCAAAACUGUCAUUUUGUGGCUCUCUUAAUGUCAACAGCUAUUUUUGCGAUUUCGCGCCUGUUUUAAGACUCUCCUGUAGCGAUGUUACAGCCCAGUGGAAUUUUGCCACUAUUUCAACUAUAAUCUUUAAUGCCUUACCUUUGAUUUUUAUUUUCUUGACUUACAUGGGUAUACUGAUUGCUGUAUUCAGAAUGAAAAAUAAUCAGAGGCGUUAUAAGGCUCUGGGCACGUGCACUGAGCACCUCAUACUAGUGGCCAUUUUCUUCAUUCCAAUUUUUGUUAUCUUCAAUCUUGGAUUUUUUGGAAUUGUUAUAAACCCAAAUAUAAGAACAGUGUGCUUGUCUUUGUCAUCCCUCAUUCCACCCUGCGUGAAUCCCAUCCUCUACUCACUGAAAACGAAAGAGAUUCAAAGCCGGAUUCAUUCUUUGUUAAUCCAGAGACUGUCUAUUUAUCCUCUGAAUAAUAUACAUUAA